GUCCAGAAGCCUGUCUGGACACCAAGGGAUCAGAGCUCACUGCCCCAGGCGCCAGGCAGGGGUUGGAAGAUGGAAGGGAGCAACUUCAGCCCCAGGAUGUCUACUGAACAUGAGAACACGGAGAUAGUUCCCCUUGAACUUAUGUUUCAGCACUUCAAGAGANAGAAAGUGGCCAUUUCUAAGGCGAUAAGAAGUACAUUUCCUUUUCUUGAGAGCCUCCGAGACCAUGACUUCAUCACUGAUAAAAUGUAUGAAGAUUUUCUAGAUUCCUGUAGAUCACUGGUCCCUGUGCAAAACGUGAUCUACAGAGCCCUGGAUGUACUGGAGAAGAAAUUUGACAUGACGGUACUGCAUGAAUUGUUCAAUAAUGUCAACAUGGAGAAGUAUCCCGAUUUGAAUCACAUUUAUAGACGCUUUCCAUGUGUGUUUCCGAAUGAAUUGUGUUUCCAAGGAAUUGAUGGAAGGGACCCAAACUCCCAGCUAAGUCUUGAACAAGGACCUACCUGCAGCUGUUCUCAAGGAAGCCUGACUGGGUCACCCUUAGAUCUCUCCUUAUCUGAAGACUGGAGAAGUAAUGAUAGAAGAAAUUCCAACCUCAUGCAGGGAAACCAAACUGAGAAUCAUCAACUUCCCAAAUCACCCAGUCACCUUGUUUUGAGUUUGCCUGAAGAUGUACUCUCGGAAGACUGCUGUGAAACCGUACAUAUUAGUGGAGUGAGAAGAGACGCCACCACCAACACUGGUUACAAUACUAACAAACUGGAAAGGAAACCAGCAAUGAUGCCUAGAGGCCCAGGUUCUGUGCCAGUGGAUUCCUGUGAACUCCAAGUCCAACUGAAUAAUGGGGGUGCUACCCUGGAGUCUUACAGCCUGUUGCCCCAGAACGAAGAAAGAGCUGUGCAACUCGACUGUGAAUUCCAGAUUAAUCCCUGUUUUGUACAACUGGUAGAUAUAAAGAAGGAAAAUUCAUCGUUUUCCUUGGGUGGUAACCACCAAACCCGAGCAAGGACCAACCAAAAUGAGGACUCUGGGGUAAUAGAAAUCAGCAGUGGGGAUUCUGAUGAUGGGGAGGACUUCUCAGAAGCUACAACCAUACUUCCCUCCCAGCCAGUGCCUGCAUAUUCCAGAAAACCUCCAACACUGAGAACAGACAGAAGAGGAGAUACUUCUGAUAGUGACAGCUCUAUCAUCGUUAAAGGACGGAAAAGGACAGGACAUACCAUAGAUGUUGGAAACAAUCCUAUCCUGGGGAAAGCCGGUGGACAAAGAAGGAAAAAGAGAGAGAGACUUGGAAACUACUCAAUACGGAACAUCAAAAUACCAAUGAAAGCAAGCUGGAAACCAGCUGUCCUAGCAAGAAGUGCCUAUCCUUCUUCACGACGAGGCAGAAAAAGAGGUCCGAGAAUUCCCAGAGAAGAAAAUGCGGAUUUUAGAGAAACUGAGCUUCCUGUAAUAUGUGGCAACGUUAAGGGGUUUCUGAACAAGGAGAAAUUUAAGCAAGGCAUCUAUGUGAGGAGUAUACAGAGUGAGACUGGACGGUGGCUCACUCCCAUGGAGUUUGAAAUUGAAGGAAACCGUGAAAAAUCCAAGAACUGGAGGCAAAGCAUCCGCUGCAAGGGAUGGACCCUGAGAGAACUGAUACAGAAAGGAGUUCUACAAGACCCACCAAGAAAAAAGAAGGAAACUCCAACCAACCCAAGGCAAACAAAGAGACAGCUGGAAAAUCCAAAAGCUUGUAAAGUAUGCGGCCAACGACGGAAAUUGCACCCUUGUGCUACUUGUAGAGAAUUCUAUCAUAAGAAUUGCAGCAUCCCACCUGUGGAAGAUACGAGUGGCCCAUGGCAUUGUACCUUCUGCAAGAGAAAGGAUCAGUUAAGGUGCCAAAAAACCCAAGCAUGUCAUAAGGAGGCCGAGGUCCUGAAGAGGAAGAUGUCACCCAAGGAACAGCUGAAAUGUGAGCUGCUUCUUUUGACUAUCUAUUGCUAUCCAAAAAGUGGCUUCUUUAUCCCCAAACCAAAGCAAAGGAAAGAGAAAUUUCCAGACCUCCAGGAGCACAUGUGGUUAAACAAAAUCAAGAAUAGGCUGAAUAAGAAGGCAUACCAUUCGGUACAACGCUUUGUGAGGGACAUGCGCCUCAUCUUUCACAACCACAGCAUAUUGUAUAAAAGCAAGUUCAAAAAUCUUGGAAUCAUAGUAAGAAACAAGUUUGAGGAGAAUUUCAGAAGGAUUUUUUCAAUUGAGGAUACAAGCAAACAGCGUGAACCGUGUACGCACACCGUUUUGUUAACCUAGUCCUUUCUGAUCCCCGUCCCGGUGCCCGUCCCUCCAGCAGCCAACAGCAUGAUGCUAAGAGAGCCCACCUUUCUAAGUAGACAGCCUGCCACACUCCCAUCUCUAACCUUCUACAUCGUCCUUCCUGUUUGAUCAUCUUUCUAAAGAAAACUUAGAGCAUACCAAGUCCAUCUUCCUGGGGAACUGUCAGGUCUGAGCCUACAGGAAGAUCACUCUGGAAGCAGGAUUGCCCCCCUCCCCCAUUUCAAAUCCAAGGCUCAUAAAAUGCCCUCCGAAGUGUCUUGUCUAGGGGUGGCCUUGCUCCUCUAACUCUGUGACAGGGAGGAGGAACCAACAAAGUCAGUCCAAGAGUGAAAAUAACACCGUGUCCUUGAGAGCAGCUAGAAGGUGACCGGUUCUAACAGAGGUUACAACUGUUUAUCCUGGGAUGGAAAGUAGGAAAGAGAAGCCAGACAUUCAGCCACAGGAGCCCAGUCAUGGAGAGAAAGCUCAACUGGAAACUGGCUGACUUGUUUCCACAAACAGU